AUGCGUAAUGGUAAAAAGCUGUAUUUCGAUUCAUUUGGCAACGCUCCACCACCAAUUGAACUUAUAAGGGAAGCUCAAACCCUAUGCAGCAUAUUUCAAGAUAACUCAACUCUUUGCAAUGAAGUAAAUGAGAAAGUAAUUCAACAUUUUAUUCAUUGCAUCGAGACCCAUGGCCGACACGUUCAGUAUUUGAAGUUCUUCCAAACGAUCGUAAAAGCAGAAAACCAGUUCAUCCGCAGAUGUCAAGACAUGGUUAUGCAAGAGCUAGUGAAUGCGGGUGAAGAUGUGUUGGUUUUCUACAAUGAUAAGUCCUCGUUCUCUCAUUUUGUUUCCAUGAUGAGAUCCGAACGCCAUCGUAUGGACGAAAGCAGUGCCCUCAGGUACCAUAUUGAACUGGUAAAGCUACUCGCUUGCUGCACAAUGGGAAAGAAUGUCUACACUGAAAUCAAGUGCCACAGUCUCUUACCAUUGGAUGAUAUUGUUGUGAUGGUUUCACAUCCAGACUGUAUUCCAGAGGUGAAAGAGGCGUACAUUAACUUCCUGAACCACUGCUACAUCGACACUGAAGUUGAGAUGAAGGAGAUUUACACGUCCAACCACAUGUGGAGUCUGUUUGAGAAGAGUUUCCUCGUGGACAUGGGCAUGGUGGCUAACGUAACUCAUGAUCGUAAACAUGCAGACCUCGCGAUGGAGAACUACGUUACUAACAGUGUCAUGCAGAUCAUCAACACAUUCUUCAACAGCCCAUUCUCUGACCAAAGCACCACUGUACAGACUAGGCAACCCAUAUUUGUCCAACUUCUUCAAGCCUCGUUUAGGGUCUCUCAAUGCAAUUGGCUCAAUGCUUCUCAGCGCUUCAAUGUUGAGAAUUGUAUCAGAACACUAUCUGAAGUUGGUGUGAACUCCGUACCGGUAACCAACAACGCUACUGUACCAUCAUCAUCGUUCACACCUGGAAAUAGCUAA